CGAGAUAGAAGGAAGUGUUACCUGUCGGACGAAUUUACUAGAAUUGCACGGCAUUUGUUUGGACACUGUGUGAAUUAACGCAGUACGAUGAUGGCAGAGGAGACCCACGUGGUGAGGCCCAGAGGUCGGGCUGACCCUGACGAAGAGGAGGACGAGUUGGGUGACCAAGAGUACAGUCUGGACGACAUUCCCGCUGAUAACAGCAACCACAUCAACAACAAGGAGGCUGGCAUAUUCGCGCUGGAGGAGAAAAGCAAGAAAAAGACCAAGGACAAAAAGAAAGGAACACCGAACAAGGACAAGGAAGAGAAGAAACGUCUGGAGGAGGAGAGAAAACGAGAAGAGAAGGAACGAAAAAGAGCAGAACAAGAGAGAAAGAAAGAGGAGCAACAACGAAAGAAAGAGGAGCAGCAGAGGAAAAAACAAGAAGCCAAAAGUCCGAGACAGGACAACAGUAUGAAUCAUAGUGUUACAGACGAUGAUUUAAGCAUGAAAGAGAAUGUGCAAGCAAAUGGUAAUGACAUUGACAGAGAUUUACAAAAACGAGAGUCCAAGCGCUUGAAAGAGGAAGAGAAACAAAGGCGGAAAGAAGAACUGAGGAAACAGAAGGAAUCCAAAAAAGAACUUGAGCAGCAGAAAAAGGCAAACACCAAGUCACCAGUUCCCCCUGCUGUCCAGGGCAGCAAUUUUGUGCGUUCUCGAGUUCUGCUACUUGAUGGCACGAAUCUGGACUUGGAGAUAGAGAAACGAGCUUAUGGGCUGUUUUUGUUUGAGAAAGUCUGUGACCACAUCAACCUGUUGGAGAAGGAUUACUUUGGGCUGUAUUAUUAUGAUUAUCAGAAUGUAAAGACAUGGCUGGAGCCAGAGGCAAAACUACACAAACAGAUCAGGCUCAUGAAGGGUGGAUUAAAUUUUAUAUUUGGGGUCAAGUUUUAUCCACCUUACCCAACACAGUUGCGAGAAGAUAUGGCCAGGUACCAGAUUUGCCUUCAGGUCCGCAAUGACAUUGCUACAGAAGCGUUACCGUGCACGUUUCUGACACAAGCUUUGUUGGGCUCUUACACGGCCCAGUCUGAGCUAGGCGAUUAUGAUGUAGAGGAACAUGGGGCUGGCUACAGUUACUUGGAGGUGCUCAGAUUUGCACCUGAACAGUCGACGGCGCUCCUAGAAAAGAUAGCAGAACUCCACAAAACACACAGAGGAUUAACACCAGAGCAAGCAGAAUACCAUUUCCUUGAAAAUGCCCGAAAAUUGGAGUUCUAUGGCGUGGAAUUCUUCAACUCAAGGGAUUCAGAGCAGCCGAAUGUUCUGAUUCGCCUUGGUGUGAGCGCUCGGGGAUUGCUGAUCUACAAAGAUCGCAGACAGUUGAACCGCUUUGCCUGGCCUCAAAUUCUUAAAAUGUCCUACAGCAGCAGAAUUUUCUACAUAACACUCAGACCUGUGGAGUUCCAGCCCUACCAGAACGUGAUUGGAUUUAACAUGGAAAACAGCCAUAUUGCUAAGCACAUCUGGUGGAUUUGCUCAGCACAUCACACAUUCUUCAGGCUCAAGGAUCCAGACAUUCUGCCAAGAUCAAACUCGCUCAUCUCAUUCGGAUCCAAAUUCCGGUACUCCGGACGAACACAGCAUCAAGCCAGUCAUCGAAAUGUCCCCAGAAGUGCUUCUAUGUUGUCCUUAGGGUCAAAGUCCAAUUUCUCACAGAGCGGCAGGUUACACAGUCAGAGCCAGCGCAUUAUGUAACCAUGGCAACUUCAAUCAUAGCCUUUUCAUCUCUGUACAAGCAACAUCACAUUUUCAUGUAUUGUUCCUAAGCAUCUUUCACAGAUCUUUCCGUGGAUACUUACAAAUGUGUCAACUGUUAUCCUGCUCAUGGAGAAGUGUUGUAGGUGAAAAUCUGAAAACAGUAUACCAGUAGUUCUGGAGAGUGGUCAGCAUUGAGAAAUUUUUUGGCUGAUAUCAGAUUUUGGGUCCCGAAUUGAAUGCAUCACAAAAGCUGAUUCAUGCUGGUGUAAACUGGAUAGGACUGGUUAACACUGGAUUAACCUGAUGUCUAUAACUGCCAGAUUCAAGCAGAAAUAAUGGCACAUUGUGGCAUGUAGCAGUAUUGGUGCUUUUCUACUUGGAAAUCAUUCCCGUGUGAUAUCACAGGAGAUUAUAUGGAAACUGUUGUCCUUUCAUCAAAGAUACCGACGCCCUAUCGCCUUUCUUUCCACAGAAUCGAAUUCAUUACCGUCCAGAUGUGUUUUCCGCAGAAAGAAGGGGCAUAUACAUGUAUGUGUAACGUGUCAGAUAUAUUUUUUCAUCAGUGCAUGGAACAUGUGGCUUCUCAGAACCAUAUCUGACAGGUUUCUCUACAAGGCUACAUUCAUUUUAGCUUCUGUAGAUAUGUUGGGGACAAAUUCAGUGUUACUUAGUUAUUGGCCUGCAUUCAAAGCUUCGAACUACCUCUCUUCCUCGUUAUAACACGCUUCACUACAAUAUGCGCUUCAGUGUAGCACAGUCACAAAUGUGUCCCCCAAAUUUUUUACAUUGUGGUUACUUCACAUAGCUGUAAUACUUUGAAAGUGAACAAAACCUUCAGACUGUAAGUUGGUUGCACUCAGAAGUUUGGUUAUCAUGUAAAUAUUCAAGGAAAACCAUAUUAUGUUGAUCUGGCUUGCAAUUUACAUCAUGUUAUAAACUUUUGUUAUGUUUAAUAUGUUGCGCAAUAUCAGUAGCUGACAAGCUUCCUAUAACGCGCUUCACAUAACACAGUAGAAAGAUUUGUCCCCCCCCCCCUCCCAACAUCAGCGUUAUAAUGAGAGAGAGGUGUUUGGUCCUUUCACCAUUUGCAGUGACUUAACCAUUUCCAAACAAAACUACUAGUUUAUGUGGUAAGACCUGUGUAUGAUAUGUCAAGAUGCAUAAAAGGAUGUUUGAAAGCUUUCUCUUUUGUUAAUAUUUAAUAUUUUAGCUGCUGACAUGUACACUUUCUGACACAUUUUCUUUGCAGAGAGCAUAGCCACCAUGUUCUCAAGGUUGUAAUAGGGCAUGGUACAAGCAUUUUCAUGGCUCUAGACAUCUUAAAAUGCUAUCCUUGUGAAACUCAUUUGCACAUCUGCAAUAAUGUCCCCCCCCCCCCCCCCCACCUUCGACCACCACCAUACUUGAGAUGUUCCCAUCCGCAACAAAAUAUUGCAUCCCACACAAAACACAGACACAUUAAAGUAGGCUGGCUAGAGACUCAAAACUGAAGAAGUUAUGGAUUUGAACAACUCUUACAGAACAAUAGUAUCUCACAUCACACAUCAUGCCAUACUUUUCUUCAUUUCUGUUCAUUUCUCAUUUGAGCAUUUUAAUGCAUUUCGCUCUUUGGUGUUUGACUUUAUGGUGAUGUUUAUGUACAUUUAGUUUUAUGUUUCUUACAAUAGUUUCAACCUACAAUGACAAAAGUAAAGAAUAUCUUCAUUAAAAAGCAUCAGUGAUGCUAUGUGUUACCUCUUUGUUUUUAGAAACCAUACAUAUCACUGGUAUAUAUACUGUGAAGUUCGAUAUGCUAAUUAUGAAAUUCAAAGUGUAAACAUUCCCAAAUUUGUAUAUAUACAUUUAAGUGCAUCAUUGUAUAUUGUGAUAGCUUAUAAAUACAUAUAGGUGAAGUUGUAUAAAAUGAAAAACAUUCUAUGUGUAUAUAUAUGUAUCUAAUU